GAGCAGCUGCCCGGAUGGCCAGGCCACGCCCGCCCGGGACCCUCGAUUUGCGUAGGAACCCGGCGCCAGGCCAAGCCCCGCCUCCUGACCCGCGCUACGCAAAGGCAGCCGGCUUCACGCCUCUCCGGUCGCGUCGGUGACUGAAACCAGCCCCGGACCCGCCCGCGGCCCUGAUUGGCCUACGCGCCUCCCAGCCUCUCACCUUUGCGCAUCACCAGGGCGACGGGGGACUGCGGGGGCGCCGCAGCCAGACGCGUGCUUCGAGGCGCGCGGUCGCGGUAGGCCGCGGUAGGCCGCUGCAGCGUGACGCACGGCACGUCGCGGCCCGCCGGCGGCGUGGCCGGGACCUUUGCCCACGUAGGCGUGCCCGGAAGUUCCCGGGCCUGGCAACAUGGCGGCUUCCACGUCCGGCCUCGGCGGUGGCGUCGUCCCUGGUCCCGAAGCCGGGGACUUCCUGGCCCGGUACCGGCUGGUGUCGAACAAGCUGAAGAAGCGGUUCCUGCGGAAGCCGAACGUUGCGGAAGCCGGCGAGCAGUUCGGUCAGUUGGGCCGCGAACUGCGCGCCCAGGAGUGCUUGCCUUACGCAGCCUGGUGCCAGCUGGCAGUGGCGCGGUGCCAGCAGGCGCUCUUCCAUGGGCCUGGGGAGGCGCUGGCCCUCACCGAGGCCGCACGCCUCUUUCUGCGGCAGGAGUGCGACGCUCGUCAGCGCCUCGUCUGCCCCGCCGCCUAUGGCGAGCCGCUGCAGGCGGCUGCCAGCGCCUUGGGCGCCGCUGUGCGCCUGCAUCUGGAGCUGGGGCAGCCGGCCGCCGCCGCCGCCCUGUGUCUGGAGCUGGCCGCCGCCUUGCGCGACUUGGGCCAGCCGGCCGCCGCCGCCGGCCACUUCCAGCGCGCCGCCCAGCUGCAGCUGCCCCUUCUGCCCCUGGCCGCUCUGCAGGCGCUCGGCGACGCCGCCUCCUGCCAGCUUCUGGCGCGCGACUACAAUGGCGCCCUGGCGGUGUUCACGCGCAUGCAGCUCCUAGCGCAGGAGCAUGGCAGCCAUCCCGUGCAGCAGCUCCAGCCUCCACCACCGCAGACCCUGCUGGCCCCGGCGCAGUCUCAGCCCCAGCCGCCGGGGCCCCAACCCGGACCUGGCGCGACCCCCUUGGUGUCCGCCGCACCGCUCCCCCCAAACCCUGGCUCUGCCUUGCCCUCUCCUGUCGCCCUGGGCGCCUUCUCGGAGGUGCUGGUUCGCUGUGAGGUGUCCCGGGUGCUGCUGCUGCUGCUCCUACAGCCACCUCCGGCCAAGCUUCUGCCCGAGCACGCCCAGACUCUGGAGAAGUACUCCUGGGAAGCUUUUGACAGCCACGGGCAGGAGAGCAGCGGCCAGCUUCCUGAGGAGCUCUUUCUGCUGCUGCAGUCCUUGGUCAUGGCUACCCACGAAAAGGACAUAGAAGCCGUCAAGUCACUGCAGGUGGAGAUGUGGCCUCUGUUGACUGCUGAGCAGAACCACCUCCUUCACCUCGUUCUGCAAGAAACCAUCUUCCCCUCAGGACAGGGGGUCUGAUAAUCACUUUAACCAAAGACCUUUUUGCCUGGUAGUCAACCUCAUUCAUCCACCUUUGCAUUUAGGGGGAAAUAAAAGGCUUUGAUCCAGGUUCUGCAUCUCCUGUUACUCAUUGUAACCAUGGGAAUUUAGCUGACUGAAGUUACCUCCCAAAUGUGCUUUUCUACCAUCGAGGAGAAAAAAUAAAAUGGAAUAGUAUAGAAUCACAGUGAAGGACAUUUUCUCUCUUCCAAAAAACUACAACAUUAAAAAUGAGAAUCCUUUUAAUCUUCUUUCUCUUUCACCCCCAUCUUUCUUUCCUAGUGAGCACUUGGAAACAACAUUGGGUUUGCACAACUCUGAAUAUGACUUUAUGGUUCAUUUCUUAGUCUGUUUCUGUGUGUGUUGGUGAUCACUAAUUUUUUCCUGUGUUUCAUCUCACAUGUUCAUGGGAGUCAUUUUAUGCCUUAGAACCUUGUUGCUAUAGCCCCAAAUCCAUGAUAAAAUUGAAUACUCCUGCCUUGAGAUUAAGAUUUGCCUUAUCUGUAGUAGACAACUUCACCAAUGUGUCAGGAGGCCAAAAACAGGACUAGAUUCUUUUAGUCCCAGGAUUUAUUCAUUCAUUUCAAAUAUAUUCUUUUCCUGGUGUGGGGACCAUGCUGGGUAACAAAUGAAUCAAUCUAUAGCAGAGGCCAUUUGUCAUAUUAUUACUGAGAAAAUACCUAAAUAAACCUUCCAGCUUCCCUUGCUCUUCAAUGACUUUAAAAUAACUAAUUUCAGAGGUCACAUGACUGGGUAAUACAUUUACUCCCCAGCUGGCUUUGCUGCAGAUGACACCUGAGUGUGCUAUAAGGAUAAUGGUUACUUAAGUUACUAUUCAAGGGCCUGAAGGCUGCUUUUGCUGAAAACACUGACUCUUCAUUUAGGCCUGCAAAUGUCCCAUGCAUGACUGGAAUGAGAUGAACAUACUUAACAUCUCUAUCUUCACUUUGUGACUGUCUCCUUUGUUGCAUCAGUUUUUGAGUGAGAUUCUUCUCAACACCACAUGUCUAAAACUGUAAUAUAGCGUUAACAUGACCUAGAUUUACAGUUUCUCUUUUAAAGCUAACAACACGAGCUGCCACGACCAGAAACAGACCAUGAAAGAAAUGAAAACAAAUAUUCCUGGAAGAUCUCGGCUUAUUCCCAGAACACACAUGAAUAUUCCUGUACUUUAUAAGACUUUCCCUCUCUUCAUUAUUCCUAUCAUAUAUCCAUAACCCCUCAACGCCUUGGAGUGAGAAGCUUAUUUAUGAACAAACUUUACUUCCUGCAUUCUUUGACCAUUGAAAAAAUAACUUCUUUCUCUGUGGCACUCAGCUCUCACACAUUGGUUUUGUUUUUUUUUUUUUUCCUGUGAGACUAACUUCCAAACCUGGUUUCAGUAACAAUAUGGUUGUUACUCAGAUUAUUGCAAUAAAAAUGUGUGCAGCUCAUCAGUUCAUCAUUGUUUCUUUGCUGAUUCUUUGUUUUGCAAACCUUUAAAUAUAUUAUAAGCCAUUCAUUUUAAUUAUGUUACCUACUUGCCUUGGAAGUCAAGGUUCUAGUAUACUUCCAACAGGUGCAUAUAAUCUAACAUUGCAACUUUUAUUUAACUCAAGUUUGUGAACUCUGAGCACAACUCUUUUUAAUUGUGGAAUCAUAUAUAUGCAAGGCAGGUCCUUGUUCCCCCCAAAGCAUGAUGACAUUCCACUAUGCACACGAAAUUAGUAUGUACAAAAAAUGCAUGUUAAUAAAAAGUAAACCUCAA